AUGGACCGAUGUCAUUUCUUUCUUAUUUACACGGGAAGAUUUCGAGUGAAAACGAAGUUCUUUCGGAGAAAACCCAACACAGUGGAUACUUAUAUACAGACGGUAUCCAAGUCCUUCGCUGACAGAGGCGUGCAGUGCGACCUUCAGCUGGCAAUCUCCAGUGAAGAGAAUUUAGCUUCCAAAGCUGACGUCUUCACAGACAGUGACAAUUUUUCUCAGUUUUACGACACGGCUUGCCAGACCACGUCAUGCAUGCCUUACGUGCUGCCGGACGCACCAGAUGACACAGCAGGGAGCGCAGGCGAUUUUGCGCGCUCGGCCGACUUCUUGCCAUCCGUGGAGUCCGCCUGUGAGGUGACGUCGUUCUAUGACGAAACGCACGGCCGCAGUCUCGACGCGGAAUAUGUGGACAAGCUGUUUACGGAUAUCGAAACACAGACGGAAGGCAAGUCCUCUCUUCUCGAUCUCGAAGCGUUUCUAUGUAACAUGGAAACGCAAACCAGUGACGCAAUUUUUUUGACUCCGAAUGACAACGAAACGCAGACUUCGUGGCUAGACUUCUCACCUUUACUCUACCAAAGCGCACAUACGCAGACCCAGUAG